GCCGUGAACCCACCCAGGUCCACGGCCCUCCCGGUCCCGCCUCCCGCAAUUCCUCCAGCUCCCCGAAACUUUUUGCAUCUCCUCCACCACCACCGCCCCCUCCCCUUCGCCCCGACGAACACGGCACCACGAGCCCCGCACCUCACACAGAUUUAGCCUACCUCUCCCACCGCGGCUACAUUCCUCACCCCACCCUGUCGGCUGCAUAAACUUUUAAAAAAAUGAAGGCAAAUAUGGGCACAAAAGCUCGUCCACUAUCUGUUGACGCAGACAAAGGAGAGAUUGGCGAAAUAGAUACAAGGGCUCCUUUUGAAUCUGUUAAAGCUGCAGUGAGUUUAUUUGGUGAAGUCAAGGUUUCAUCUGACAUAUCAGCUGCAAGAAAGCCUAAGGUUCCUCAAGCAGAGGUAAUGCCCCAAUCAAGAACAAGUCGACAUCAAGCUCAUCAACGACCAGAUCUCAUGGCGUCAUUCAACUCUGCAAUACUGACGCCUCUCUUAGCCAAUGCCCUAAUUAAGGAAAAUGUUAGAAUAUGCUAUAUAGGCUACGACCUUAUAUGUCCAGGAUUCUCUUGGGCUAGAUUAGAAACCGACUCAGAUUAGAGGUUAGAGAUAAAACAGAACAGGACUGCAUGCAUCUAGUUCAUUUAGAGUCAGAGUCGAUUGGGAUGUCCUAACCGAGUAUGAUUCUUCUUGUAAUAGGUGGUUCCUGUCUGAUUAAAUAUACAUGCCCAUCGACCCUAGAUGUCAAGACAAGCAAUUUAAUAAUUCCGGUGCCGUGUUUCUUUCACACAUGUCCUAUCAACUUUAGGACUCCAUGUAACUUGAACGAAUAUGUGCCGUUUUCUCGAUAUAUGAUUCUGAUGCUUUGCAAUUUUUGGAAUUAUGUUUACCAGAGGGUUUUAGCCAAGGAGACAGAGCUGCACUUAGCCCAGAAAGAGUUGAAUAAAUACAAGGAACAGCUGAAUAAUGCUGAGACAACGAAAGUGCAGGCUCUCUCUGAGCUAGAGAAAGCUAAAAAAACUGUCGAGGAGCUAACAACCAAGCUGGAUGUGGUUAACAAGUCCAAACAGUUGGCCAUUCAGGCAACAGAGGAUGCAAAGACUCGAACCAAGCAGCUUGAAGGUGGCAGCACAAAUGAAUGUCUAGGAACAGAUGGUCCUCUGAGGCAGGAACUCGAAAGUGCAAGGGAGCAGCAUGCUAUCGCUUUGGCAGAACUUGAUGCAGCAAAACAGGAGCUUAGAAAGCUCAAGAAGGAUUUUGAAACAUCUUUGGAUAUGAGGUUGUGUGCUGCCCAGCAGGAAGACGAAUCACUCCAUACAACUGAAGCCAACAAAGAAAAAGCUAACCAACUUCUUGGUGAGAUUGCGGAAAUUCAAGAAUCGCUUAUGCAUGUUAAGGCAGCUACGGUGCAAGCACACGAAGAAGAGGCACAAAUCCUUGCUGAGAAGGAUGUUGCUAGGGCCACGUAUAAACAAGCUUUGGAAGAAACACAGAAGAAAUUGUUGUCUUUGAGGAAUGAUUUUGACCCUGCUGCUUAUGAUAGUCUGAAAGAAAAACUAGAACAAACCAAUUCUGAGGUUGCAUCUAUGCAAAAAAAGAUAGAAGAUGCUCGGGCUCAGGAUUUAGAGUCUGUUGCUGUUGUCAGCACAGAGUUGGAUGAUGCUAAGGAAAUGUUGCAAAAAGUAGCAGAGGAGGAAAGUUCUCUUCGAAGUUUGGUGGAAUCACUGAAAGUGGAAUUGGAAGCUGUAAAACAGGAGCACAACCAGCUCAAAGAGAAAGACACAGAAACUGAAUCCAUUGUCGGAGAUUUACAUGUCAAGCUUCAGAAAUGUAAAUCUGUGCUGGAGGCUGCUGUGGCUGCUGAAUCAAAAGCUACGUCAGCUUCUGAUGACCUGAUGCUGGCCCUUCAGCAACUGUCCGCGGAGUCAAACAAUGCAUUGCAAGAAGCUGAGAUAAUGCAGAAGAGUGCGGCGGAGCUAAGAGAGGAAGCCAAAAAGGCUCGGGCUGAACUAGCAGAAGCCGAACAAAAGUUGCAGUUGACGUUAAAGGAAGCAGAAGAGGCUAAAGCAGCUGAAGCAAUGGCCCUUGACCGGAUCAAGCAGCUCUCGGACAGAGCAAGUGCCGCUAGAGCAUCAACUUCAGAGUCCGGAGCAAAUAUCGCAAUUUCAAAAGAGGAGUUCGAAUCUCUAAGCCGAAAGGUCGAGGAGUCAGAGAAGUUGAGUGAGAUGAAAGUCGCUGCUGCCAUGGCUCAAGUGGAAGCCAUCAGAGCCAGCGAGAACGAGGCGAUCAAGAAACUAGAAGCUGCUCGCAAGGAGAUGGAGGACAUGGAGUUGGCAACAGAAGAGGCCCUAAAGAGGGCAGAGAUGGCCGAGGCAGCCAAAAAGGCCGUGGAAGGUGAGCUCAAGAGAUGGCACGAGAAAGAACAGAAGAAAACCGCAGAGGCCGCACAGCCUUCUGCGGGGGCAGAAGAACUGGGAAGUGCUGCGUCGCCCCCUGUACGUCAGACUUCUGCCGGAAAAGCUUCCGAGAAGAACGAGGGGCAUCAGAGGAGCAGUAAAGCGCUGCUGAAGAGGAGCUUCAUGCUGCCAAACAUCGCCAGCAUGUUCCAUAAGAAGAAAAGCCAUCCUUCCAGUUCUCCCUCGCACCUUCCUGGGGAAAAAUCUGUGUGAUCUAUCCGAAUCCGAAGCUCCUGUUUGCGAACUGAAAUUUCCAAACUUGAACGCUUGCUUUUACACUAUAUUCUGUAUAAAAAUCCGUCUACUCCCUUGCGCCUUGUAGUAAAUUUCGGACAUAAUUUUAAGAUUGCUUGUACCCCAUAUUUUUCUGCACUUUCAGGACUUCCGGAUGAGUGCAUUGUACUUCAGCAACAACAGUAUCUAAGUCAUGUUCUUGCAAGCUUCCAGAAUAGUGGAAGCAUCACACAUGCUGCGAAUUGCAUU